AUUUCCUUUUUUUUUUUUGUUUUUUGGGAAAAAUCUGUCGCUGGAAUUAAAAACCGUCUCUCUGUGGCGCCAAUUCCUCUGGCUGUCCACUCUUUCUACUCACGCGAAGCAAAUGGACGAUUUCUGCAACUCCUCGAUGAGGUUCUUCGCCGAUCAACAGCUGUGCUAUGCCGAUAUCCUUCCUCCUCACGAGGUCCGAGCCAGGAUCCAAGUUGCAGUCCUCAAUUUCCUCAAGAUCUUGAACUCUCCCAAUCCAGCAAUCUCAAACCUCCCUCUGGUUAAUAGGAAGCUGAGUAACAGCCGAGUAAGCCAAGGAAUGUUUACCGAUGUCUCAUGGAUUUUUCUGUCACAUUCAUUUUGUACGAGGUCCUUGACGAGAGCAAACGCUUCUAAAGCCUUCAUUAGAGUGUGGAAGGUAAUGGAAAUGUGUUUGCAAAUUCUCCUCCAAGAGAAACGAGUCACGCAAAGGGAGCUCUUUUACAAGUUACUUUGUGACUCGCCGGAUUACUUUUCAUCUCAGUUGCAGGUCAAUAGAACGAUUCAAGAUGUUGUUGCCUUGCUUCGGUGUAGUCGUUACAGUCUUGGGAUCAUGGCAUCUAGCAGAGGGCUUGUGGCUGGGCGUCUGUUGCUUCAGGAGCCAAAUCAAGAGGUUGUGGAUUGUUCUGCCUGUGGAUCGUCUGGAUAUACAAUCUCUGGUGAUCUGCAUUUGUUAGAGAAUCUGUUGAUGAAAACAGAUGCUCGGUAUAUCAUUGUGGUGGAGAAGCAUGCAAUAUUCCAGCGUUUGGCUGAGGAUCGCAUAUUCAAUCACAUUCCAAGCAUUCUUAUCACUGCUAAAGGUUAUCCUGAUAUAGCAACAAGGUUUCUUCUUCACCGGAUGAAUUGGGCUUUUCCAGACUUGCCAAUUCUAGCACUGGUUGACUGGAAUCCAGCUGGACUGGCUAUACUAUGCACUUACAAGUUUGGCAGCAUUGGAAUGGGUCUAGAGGCUUAUAAAUAUGCUUGCAAUGUGAUGUGGUUGGGAUUGCGAGGUGAUGAUCUACAACUGAUACCUGAACAGUCUUUAGCUCCUUUGAAGCCACGGGACUUGCAAAUUGCUAAAAGCUUGAUCUCUUCCAAAAUAUUGCAGGAGAAUUACAGAGAAGAGUUGGCAUUAAUGGUUGAAAGAGGUCAAAGAGCUGAAAUCGAAGCCUUAUUUUUCCAUGGAUAUGAUUAUUUAGGGAAGUUCAUAGAAAAGAAAAUUGUACAAGGUAAUUACAUCUAGGAACGGUAGAUUCUGAGCUUUCUGCCAUUUUGUAUUUCAUUUAGUUUCUUAUGGUUGAACAAUUAGUGUGCAUUAAGAACUCUGCCUCUGGAGAACACGAGCACCAGUGUCUAGCAACCACUGAUGACUGGAAAACUUUGGAAAUUCUGUAGUUGUUGUCAGUACUAAAUAGAUUUUAGCUUC